CGGCACUCUGAAGCCACCGGACACAAUGCUUUGGGGUCUCCUUUCUCUCUUCCUUGUCACUGUGGCCAGCGGGACCCCCACCGGGGACCAGGAUGAAGAUAUUCAAGUGCAGGAGAAUUUUGAGGCUGAGCGGAUGUAUGGGAAGUGGUACGAUGUCGCUGUUGGCACGACCUGCAAGUGGAUGAAGAACUACAAGGAGAAGUUCAGCAUGGGCACACUGGUGCUGGGCCCUGGCUCCAGCACUGACCAGAUCAGCACUGCCAGCACCAGGCUGCGGCAGGGUGACUGCAUGCACGUGUCGGGAGAGUACCAGAAAACCAGCACCCCUGGCAAAUACACCUACUACAACCCCAAAUGGGAUGUGUCUAUCCAGUCCUAUGUGCUCCGCACCAACUACGAAGAGUACGCUGUCAUUCUGAUGAAGAAGGAAAGCAGUUUUGGCCCAAGCACAACCCUGAAGCUGUAUGGGAGGAGUCCAGAGCUGCGGGAGGACCUCAUUGAGGCUUUCCAGCAGCUGGCUCUGGAGAUGGGCAUCCCCGCAGAUUCCAUCUUUGUCCUAGCCAACAGAGGCGAAUGCAUUCCUGAGGAGACCACGACCGCCCCACAG